AUGUCUUCAGAAGAAAUUUUGCAAGGAGUAGAAGAUAUACAUCUCAAUACUUCUUCUGACUCAGAUAGUGAAUAUGAACUUGAAGAAGAAACCACGACGAAAAGUUUGCCACUGAGCUCUCGUACUAUUACCGAAAAGGAGGAUAUAGUCACAAAAUAUGCAGACAAAAUUAAAACAGAUCCAAUCAAAAAGGGGCCAAAAAUUACCAAGGAUAGAGCUAACAGGGCUACAGUUGAACAAGUUUUGGAUCCACGUACUCUUCGAUUCUUAGCAAAAAUUAUAAAUAAAGGUAUCAUUUCAAGAAUUAAUGGAUGCAUAAGUACUGGUAAAGAAGCUAAUGUGUAUCAUGGGACUAGUGAUGACCCAGAUAACGAUAGAGAAUACGCUGUCAAAAUUUACAAGACAUCUAUUUUGGUGUUCAAGGACCGUGAGAGAUAUGUGGAUGGUGAGUUCCGAUUCAGAAAUACAAAAAAUCAAAGUAAUCCGAGGAAAAUGGUUAAAGUGUGGGCUGAGAAAGAGUUUAGGAAUUUGAAAAGAAUUUAUCAGAAUGGAAUACCGUGUCCUGAACCAAUUGAAUUAAAGUCUCAUGUUUUGGUUAUGGAAUAUUUGACAAAGGGUGAUGGACAACCAUCACCUAAAUUGAAGGAUUAUCUGUUCAAAGAUGUACAAGACAUUGUCAACUAUUAUCACAAGAUGUUGUUCUAUAUGAGAAGAUUAUACCAGGAAUGCCGAUUAGUGCAUGCAGAUCUAAGUGAGUACAACUCGAUUGUGCACAAGGACAAUUUAUAUAUUAUUGAUGUUUCGCAAUCAGUGGAGCCAGAACAUCCAAUGGCACUUGAUUUUUUGAGAAUGGAUAUCAAAAAUGUUAAUGAUUUUUUCAGCAGAAGCAAAAUAAAUGUGUACCCUGAGCGUUUGAUAUUCCGAUUUAUUACAUCAGAGGGGCAUCUUUUGGGAAUUGCCGAUAAUAGCGACCAAGAAUUGGAAAAAUAUCUUGAGACAUUGCCGUUAAAGACAGAAGAUGAUCAGGAAGUGGAGGAUGAAAUUUUUAGAUCAUUACAUUUAGUUAGAUCUUUGAAUAAUUUAGAUGAGACGGACUUUCAGAAAUUCUCUGAAGGGAAGGUUGAUACAAUGAAAGAUCUUGUUGCCAUGAAAGAAGGCGAGGUUGCAUCUCCUGGUUUGCAAACUGCUAAUGGCAACGAGGUAGAUAGUUCUGAAGAUGAAGAUAAUGAAGGCGUAUCCGAGGAAGAGGAAGAAUCCUCAUCUGAAGAUGAUGAUGAUGAAGAAGAAGAAGUGGAUGGUAUAUCCGAAAAGGAAUGGGUUGAACGUGAACAAAAUGCUCCAAGGGGUAAGAAAUACGAAGAUAAAGACGAGAAAAAGGCUAGAAAAGAGGCAGCAAAGUUGGCCAAGCAAGAGAAGAGGAAAACAAAAAUGAAGAAACAUAUUAAGAAGAAGAUCAUAAAUAAACGUAAAACAGGUAAAUAG